UGCACAUAUUCAGAGUACUUUGAAGUGUGUUUGUGACGUGUCUUCCAGUGUUUGCUUUUGGCCUAUUUGCAUGGUCCAUUGUCAUUAUCAACACUUACAGCGAUGCAGAACAAUGUGUGCUUAGAGAAUGGUUGUAUUACUGUUUUAUAAAUGACUGAAAAACAAUUAAGUGUAUGUGAGUUUACUUGGAAAUAUUCAAAACUUUUUGCACAAUUUAUGCCUCGGAGGUUUGUUAAAGAACAGUUAGUGAACAAAUAAGCAUCAGGAGGACGGAGGUACACAUGAGACAGGUUAGUGGAUAAGGUAAACAUUUAAAAAGAUGGAAAAGCUCAUAAAAAUAUUAGAUUGGCCCAGUCUGGAGCCAAAGACCUGCCAUAAGUGCACUGAGAAUUAGUGGUAAAUAUAAUGAAAAUAAUAUUUACAGCUAUACUAGAUCUAGUCUGCCUGAGUUUGAGCUGUGCUGCAACAGAAUGAUGGGAAAACACUUAUUAUAUUUGCAGUGAAACGCCAUCGUCACGUAUUGAAUCAAGCGACGUAAUUAUAAAUUGACAAAUUAUUUUUACACUUCCUUGAACACAUUUUAAAAACCAUGCAUCAUUUUGCUUGCACUACAAACUCAUUCUCUACUUUGUGCAGGGUUGACAUAGGUUUGUUUUUGUUACGUGACAAAAGGCAAAAGUGUUAAAAACUACAUUUACUUGCAGGAAACUAUGAAUCUAAUGUGAAACUACUUAAGUCAAAACAAUUGUAAAGCAGUCCAGUUAUUCAACCCAACUACAUUUUAAAUAUUUUAAUUGACAUUUACUAUCGUCAUCGAAAAUAAUGUUCAGCUACAAUUGUAACACUUGAACAUCACCUUUUAAUUGAACUGUUGGCGUAUGCGCCUUUUUUUGUUUUACCCUCAGCGCAUGCCGUACUGAGCAAACAAUCAUGGCGGUCGUCAUCUGACUGAAGUUUAUGUGGGACCAACUUUUUCAACUGCUAUGCUUCUCGCCCUUCUCUUGGCUUAUUUCUCGGACUUGUAUCCGCUGAGCUCUUCUGACUUCACUGGACAUCAGAUGAAAUGAAACAUUAAAUGUAAACUCGGGAGCCUGACGGCUCUGCUGCUGGUGUUUUACAUCAACAAGUCCUCCAGCCAACCUGAGCCUGUGCUCUCGCGGGAUUUUAACAAAGUUUACAUCGUUAAAUUUACGGGGUUUUUUACGUUAAAAACGGGGGGAAAUUAUAUCAAAAUGCUUCGUUUUCUUCGGUACUGUUUAAGCCAUUGCCUCCAAGCAGCCAUGACCCGGCUGGAGGAGGUCAACGGGGAGGUGAGCAUGUGGUCGUCGGUCCGGUGGUUCGGGUACCUGUCCGGGCUGAGCCUGCUCCUGGGCCUGAGUUUGGGUCUCUACACGCGCUGGGUCGGAACAGCGGAGGUCGUCGUUCUUGUGGUUCUUAUCCUGGCGCUGCUGGUCCUGGUAGCAGCCUGCGUGCUCUACUACUUCUUCGACAUGGAGCGGCUCAGCCGGAGUCUCCUCCACCUGUGGUUCGGCUUCCUGUUGGGUCUCCUGAGUUUCCUCAACCCGCCCGGCCUGGAGGCCGACGUCAAGGAGCGCUCGGCCAACUACCUGCUGCUGUCCAGCGUGGCUCUGAGGACGUUGUGGUCGCUGCUGGAGCGGCUGCUGGGCUGCACCCGGUACCGACCCGCCUUCAUCACCUCCGCGGAGCGCCUGGAGCUGGCCGGCUUCGCGGCAGCCAGCACGGCGCUCCUCAUCAGGGAGUCCAUGAGCGUCAUGGUGCUGGUCGUGGCUCUCGGCGCGGUCAUGAUCACCCUGCGGACCAAGGCUCUCCUGGCCUUCCCCACCUUCGCCUGCUUCACCUGCGUCACCGGGAGUUUCUUCCUGGAGUGCCUCAGCAUCCACCCCAACCCGUUCGCUCUCGCCUGCUUCUUCAGCCAGCUCAUCUGCGACCCUCUGCUGGACGCCUACUUCAGCGGGCUUUCCGUCAUCGAGCGCUGGCGGCCCAUCCUGGUGUCCAGCGGCCUGAAGCGCCGCCUGACCCUCCUGCCUCUGCUGGCGAUCGAGGUGGCCUUCGUCGCCGUAGCGGCUCAGAAGUCCCGGGACUCGGACCAGUGGUACCUGGUGAUCCCGGGCUUUGUGGUGUGCGUGUUCUUCUGGGCCAUCUGCCACAUGGUGUUGGUGAUCACUGUGUGGGGCUUUCACAACAAGCUCAGCGACUGCCAGAGACUGUGUUGGACGCAGGGCCCAGAGGACGCUAGCCUGGAGAAGAUCAUGGCCUCAAAGGGCAUGAGGCACUUCUGCCUCAUUUCCGCACACCUGGUGUUCUUCGCUCUGGUGUCCACUGUGGCUGUGGCUGUUUUUAGCUGGCAGGAGUCCAGCGGUGUCUUCAUGAGUACGUUUCUGCUCAUCCUGCCCCUGGAGUGUCUGCUCCACGGACUCUUCCACGAGCUCGGGAACAGUCUGGGUGGGACCUGCGUGGGCUAUGCUGUGGUCAUCCCCACCAACUUCUGCAGUCCUGACGGCCAGCCCCUGCUGCUGCCGCCAGACCAGGUGCAGGAGCUGAACAAGCGCUCCACCGGCAUGCUGAGCAGCGUGCAGCGUUUCUUUGCCUGCCACCUGAUCGAAAACUACGGUUGCGACUACUCCACGAGCGGCAUCACCCUCGAGACCCUGCAGGCGAAGAUCAAGUCUUUCUUGGAGCUCCGCACAACAGACGGGCCUCGCCACGACACAUACGUGUUCUUCUACAGCGGCCACACGCACCGCAGCGGAGAGUGGGCCCUGGCAGGUGGAGACAGCCUCCGCCUGGAUCAGCUCUUGGAGUGGUGGAGGGAGAAGAACGGAGGGUUCUGCUCCCGCCUCAUCGUCGUGCUGGACUGCGACCACUCGCUGCCCUGGGUGAAAGAAGUCCGGCGCGUGGAGGGGCUGCACGUGGCCGUGCAGGGCGCGUCGCUCAAAUGGGCCGGCAACGCGGAGCGGCGGGAGGCCCCGCAGCUCGGGGACUUCACCGCUCGGUGGGUGGAUUACAACUGCAACCCCAACAGCGGGGUCCGCUGGUCCGAAAGGGGCCGGACCGUCUCGGCCGCCUACGGCGUCUCCAGACACUGGAGCGACUACACACUGCACCUGCCAACAGGAAGCGACGUCACCAACCACUGGAGCAUGUACUUCCCCCGGGUGACCUACCCGGUGGUGCAGCUGGCGGUGUGGUGCAGCAGCCUCAACCUGCUGGGGGUCUGCAGCUUCUGCCUGCAGUACCUGAGGAGAAUCAAGCUGAACUGGUUCCCACCAGCUGUACUGGACACCCAGCAGGGCUUCAAACUGGUCACAUCAUAGGGACCAAUCAGAAGCUGCUGUUAUUUAUCUCACUAAUGUGGUAGCUACUAGUCACCAAACCAGCACCCUGUUAGUUACUGAGAAAUGAAUGUUAGCCAUUAGGAUUUUUUAAAUUCUUUUAAAUGUCAGAUUUUUAUAUAUAUAUAUAUAUAUAUAUAUUUUUUUUUUUGGAACAAAAGGUCGGUCAGUGAGAUUGAACUCGUUGCUCCCAGGUGAGACUGAGCUCACCGUUUUGCACAUUUUCUCCUGUUAAAUCCGCCUUGGAUUGUUUUGCUUCACAUGUUGCCUUUUACCCAAAAAAUGUAAGACCUGCUCUGCUAUUUUUUAAUCUUGUUCCAAAGUGACUCGGAUACGUGCGUUUUUAACCGAAUGCUACGCUCAAAGAAAUGACUCUUAUUCUUUCUGAUGGGUUUAUUUUCCAUACCUAUAGCUUCUGAAAUGCUCAGGUUGCUGCUUUGUGUCGCUAAGAAUGUUUUCUACUAUUUUUAAGAAGAAUUUUCUAAACCCACUCCAGCUUCUUCAGGUAGCACUAUAAGGAGAGAUGCAGUACUGCUAAUAAACCAAAAGAAGAUGUAAUAUUCUUUCUGGAUAAUUAGUUUAUUAGGCUAUGCAAGUUUUUUUUUUUUUUUAGAAUCAGCUAAAUGUUUGAAAGUGAUUAAUGGUGAAAGAUCGAUUACACUAUGCAAUAAAAUAAGUGGAAUUUAACUGCUUUAAAAUGAUUUUCUUGCAAAAGAAGUCCCAUCCUUUAACGUUUUUCAGAUUUUAAUUAUGUUUCAAUUGUAAUCGUCAAUGGAUUUUAUUUAAUAGAGCCUAUCAGCUGUUAAAAUGCUAAAAGAAGUGUUAAAUGUUAAAGUUGUGGAAGGAUGUUAAUCCGAAUCAUUUUACUAUACAGUGCAGAUUAAAAACUAAAGCAGGUAUAUAAAUAUAGUAAAAAUGAAUUGGGCCGAGCACUAAACCUUGUGGUACUCCAUAAGUAAUUGAUGUGCUGAUGUCACACACAUGUGGCUACUGAUGUGACUGUGCUAAACAACGCAAUGUCACUCAUUGUCUUGAACACCCAAUUUCCAAGAUAAAACCUGGUGGCACCAUGGUGCUGCGGGACAUGUGCAUGACACACCUUUCAGAUUUUUGCAAAAAUUAAAACUUUUUUUACCUUUAAUUUUUCAAUUACACAUUACUGUGUUAUUAAAAAAACAUGCCCCCUAAAGUCCAUUAAAGUCUUGGUUUUAACAUGACAAAAUGUGGGAGAGUAGUAUUCAGCACAUGUGACGACUCGCUUCAUUUCCUAAAACCGUCCCGUACGUUUCCUGGAACAAAACAAAGAAGCUCAACAGGCUGCUUAUCUAGUAAAGAGAUCGUUCAGUUAAAAUAAAAACCCUCAACCACACUGUUAUUAUUUCACGUCAUGCUGGGAGAUGCAGCUAAAAGCCAAUCGUUUUAUCGUAGUUCAUAAACGUUUGCUGAAACUAUGAUCUUAAAACGAUUCAUUCUUCUCCAAACUGAAGUCUUUGCUUUAAUCUGUUACUGGCAAACUUUCAUGAUGGAAAACAACAUCAUUCAACCAGUUAGCCUCAUCAUAAUGCUGAAACCAUGCAUUGACCAACACUUGCAGCAUGAAUGCAACAGGCUUGUCGCCUUGGUAACCAAAUGACACAAGAUGUACUUCUACUUUUAAAACGUCGUAAAACUUUUUUUCUUCCUCUUUUUGCAAAAAAAAAAAAAUAAUAAACCAACUUUAAUCAUUUAGAAUAUGGACCAGACACGUUACAGUUAAGAUUUUAUUGAUUUUAUUAAGAAAAAAAAUGUUACAAAAUUAUAUUGAGCAGCAGCAUAAUCCUGUUAAUAAUCCCUAACAUGUUCACAUUUACUCAAAAGUACAUUGAAACAUGGCUGCACGGAGCUCAAACGACGUUAUCUAGCGCCCCCGUGUGGCAGAAAGAGGUGCUGACCAACCCGCAAACAACCACAUGGAAAACAAUCUUAUUUAGGCAAUGGUCAUUCAAUUUCCUGUUCUGAUUUCGUCUUAUUUUCACUUUUCAAGUGUAAUUUGGAGACUUUUAUUUAAUAUGGUAAAAUAUUUAAAUCAAUUAAAUGACCAAAAACAAUCUAAGGGGCGGGGGGAGAAACUGAGAAGCCUUAAAACCUUCCAAGGAUGGGAUGAAAAAAUGAAGUGUAAUGCAUCAGAUAAACAGAAUAUAUGUCGAGAAAUAAUUCAACUGUGCACAGAAAUCAGUGUUUUCAUUAAAGAUAAGAAUCGGCAUGUUUCUGUCUAGUGUUUGGCAAAAAUAAAGUCCGUUUUCUAAAUUCUCCUGCCUUGAAUCGAUUACGUACACAAGUGUCUCGACACGCUGGAUCCCACAGCAGGAAGGACAGAAGCCGUGACUCACAGGCGCCGUCUACUUUAGUCAGCAUGUUUGUAACAAAGGAGCACAUAUAAAAAAUAAAAAAAACACUAAGUUUUGGUAACAGUUUCUUUCCUUUUAGCUUUUUUUCAGAGCGAUCA